AUGAAAACCCAGAUUUCCCUCGGACUUUCACGAAUCAACUGGACACUAGUAGUACCCAGGCUACGACACCACAAAACAAAGAUGGCGGUUAAUUGGAAACUUUACUUCACUCCACUUCCUCUUCUGUUAUUAACCUAUUAUUUGUUAUUUUCUGGACGAAAAACGACUCGAAAAAACGAGCAUCACAAAGGAAGGCAAAGUGGCUCUGGAAGAAAUAACGGAAAACCGGAAUGCCCGUCUAAUUUUCAAGUAGUUGACGGAACCUGCGUUCGUUGCCCGCCCGGCCAUUUUAGUUUUCGAGGUUGGAUCGCGUGUUUACAAUGGUUAGAUUGUACUAGUAUUGCUCUUGACGUGAGGACUAGACGAAGAAUUGGUAUUCCAGGUCAUUUAAAUGCGGUCAAAGAAGUUUAUUUGGCAGAUUGGCACGGGUAUGAUGUGGUCCAUAGUAAAUGCGCGAGUGACCUUUAUUACGAAGAUUGCCUACACGGAAUGCAUAUGGUGGAAGGCCUUCAAGGGAGUGAAUUUGUGGUGCAGCUCAUUGGAAUUUGCUACAGUGGCAGUCUAGAGAUGGUAACAGGUUAUUACAAGCAUGGUUCAGCAGACACACUUGAUGAACUCCUUGAGAGACCAGAACUUGGUCACUUCAACACUCUAGAAACAAGAUUUCAACUUUGCAUAGACUAUGUUAAAAUCCUCCAAUUUCUUCAUAACAGUCCUCUUGGUGUGCGGGUCAUGUGUGAUUCAAAUGACAUAACAAAGACAUUGUCACAGUACCUGGUAACAAAUGACUUUCAUCUUGUCAUCAAUGAUCUUGAUGCUUUACCAGAAGUAAAAGCAGAUGAAGGGGAACUGAUCAAGUGCGGUCACAGAGAACUGUACGGUGAUUUUGUAGCUCCUGAACAGCUCUGGCCUUAUGGUAACUCACGCCCGUUUGAUGACGAAGAGAUGCCUCCCUAUGAUGAGAGGAUUGAUCUCUGGAGAAUACCCAAUGUUGUUGACAAACUACUUGGCCGAGUUCAUAAUAGUAAUUAUGUUAGACGUCUCUUGAUAGGAAUUCACGAGUCUUGUAAACAAGAAGAUCCAGAAGAGAGGCCAUCAGCAACAGAGGUUCUUGAAGUAUUUUUGAAUGUACAGAAAAUUAUUUCGGCGGGAAAGAGGCAGGAUCUCUAACCGGUAUUUCCAGAUUUUUUAUUGAAAUUUUAAGGGCCGGUUAUUUAGACAAAGUGGGCCGUUUAACAAAAUCGCGUUCUAAACUAUCUUGAAUUUGGCUGAAUCUUUUAUCUGGACAUUUACUUUUGUGAAAACUGUCAAGAGCGGCCGAAAGCUAACAGUGGAAGGACAUUUAUUUACUGAAAACAGACCUCUUAUAGAGAAUGCGUACAUCCUUCUGCUCGCCUAAACCGCGGUUCGGGUCAGACCUCGUGCAAAUAACCGGCCCUAAGUUUUUUACAACUGUAACUGCUUAAUAAAAUUUAAACCACCCUAUCAGCCGAUGUUAUCGCAAAUUCAGCCCAUUUUUCUAAGUACUUUCAAGGCCAUUUGUGCUUUUCUGCUGGGAACAGGUGUUAAUUUGGUUGGACUCUCCUUUCUUUUAAUAUUUGACAACAGUAAAUGCUGCUUUACAGAGGAUUAAGUCGGUUUUACACAACACGCGCAAAAAAGUCUCAGUCCACGCGGUUCACCUCUUCCAUAUCAAUACGUCCAGCUCGAGAAGUAAGUCCCUCAGAUUUGUGUUGUUUCUGAUUGGACACUGGAAACAAAACAAGCCUUGCAAACGUUUGGAGCAAGAUACCUGAUAGUUUGUCUCAUUUGGGAGGGGUAUUCUCAAGUUGAACCUUUUCGUAGUAGGAGUCAUAUCACAGUGCACCAACUUGACUAAACGCUUGAAAAAGCAGUUUCUAUAUCAAGCAACGGACAGAGCAAAAAUUUUGUUCAGUGCAGUGGGCCAGCUUCAUAAGCAUUACUCAGCACAGGUUGCUUUUCUUUCUACAGAACUGAUAUAAACUGAAAGAAAUGGAUGACCAGUAAGUUACAAAAUUGGCGCUAAACGCUGUUUAUUUAAAUUUAAUUUUCAAAUUUUACGAUUUCCACGACUAGCUUUUUCAUGUCGGCGGUGUUACGUUGUACGUCUCACUGAAAAAGGUUGUCAACCGUGAAACU